GAGCUCUUCAAAUAAUUCCAAUCUAUAAUCUGAAGCAAAAGGGCCACCCAGAAGUUGAAAAGAAAUGGCCGAGAGUGCAGUGUCGUUUCUACUGAGCAAGCUGACUUCCAUACUCGAAGAACAAGUGCAGCUGCUGAGUGGAGUUCACAAAGAGGUUCAGUUCAUCAAAGAUGAACUAGAGCGCCUCAGUGCCAUCUUAAGGGUGGCUGAUUCUUUGGAGGACGAAGACCCUGAACUCAAAGUUUGGGUGAAGCAAGUCAGAGAUGUGGCUCAUGACAUGGAAGAUGCCAUAGAUGAGUUCACUAUUCGCCUUGUGAGUCAUCGUGAGCAAGGCCAAAAUUCUUGUCUCAGCAGGUUUUCUUCCGCCAUCAAGGCUCUCAGAGCUCGGCAUUGGAUUGCUUCUGAGAUUCAAGAGAUCAAAGGCAGAUUGGAAAACAUCUCAAAGGGUCGUUGCAACAUGACUGAGACUGGAUCAAGCUUCCGUAAUCAGUAUACAUCAAGGCUUGAUAGCCAAGACGAUGCGCUUUUGCUUGAUGAAGCUGACCUUGUGGGUAUUGAGAAGCCUAAAAAGCAUUUAAUUGACUUACUUUUCGAGGAGGAACCUGGAAGAGUAGUGAUUCCUAUUUAUGGAAUGGGAGGAUUGGGGAAAACCACGCUGGCAAAGCAGGUCUAUGAUGACCCAAAAGUGAAGAAGCUUUUCAGGAUGCACGCAUGGGUCACUAUUUCCCAAUCUUUCAAGAUCCAUGAGCUCCUAAGAGAGCUGGUUCAACAGCUCCAUAAAGUUAUAGGAAAAACAGCUCCUGCAGAAGUUGGCACCAUGAAAAGUGGCAGUCUAAAGGAGGUGAUCAAGAGUUUGCUUCUGCAAAGAAGGUACCUGAUCAUCCUGGAUGACAUUUGGCGAGUAAAUGCAUGGGAUGCUAUUCAACAUGCUUUGCCUAACAACAACUAUGGCAGUAGAAUCAUACUCACAACUCGGAAUAAGGAUGUAGCAGCUUAUUCUUGCACCAAAUUCCAUGAUAAGGUCUAUAACUUGGAUUUUUUGCCUCAGCAUGAAUCAUGGUCUCUUUUUUGUAACAAGACCUUUCGAGGGAAUCCAUGUCCUCCUCAUUUGGAGGAGUCUUGCAAGUGUAUCUUGAAAAGAUGUGGGGGAUUGCCUCUUGCAAUUGAGGCAAUCAGUGGUGUUCUGGCUUCAAAAGACAGAACCAACUUGGAAGAAUGGUUGAUUGUUUGUAAGAGUUUUGCAUCUGAAAUUGAAGGCAACGACAAACUGGAGGAUACAAAGAAAGUGCUUUGUUUAAGUUUCAACGAUUUGCCAUAUUAUCUUAAAUCAUGUUUGUUGUACCUAAUCAUCUUUCCAGAAUUUUAUGCUAUUGAACGUAUCAAGUUGAUUCGGUUGUGGAUAGCUGAAGGAUUUGUCAAUGGAGAAGAAGGAAUGACACCAGAAGAAGUUGCAGAGAGUUAUCUGAAGGAGCUCCUGAAUAGGAGUUUGAUACAAGUGGUAGAGAAACACAGUGAUGGCAGGAUCAAGACUUGUCGUAUCCAUGAGUUUCUACGGGAGAUCAUCAAUUUAAAGUCAAGAGAUCAGAACUUUGCAACAAUAGCCAAAGACCAGGACAUAAUCUGGCCAGAGAAAGAUGCACCUUUGGAGUCGUUUCCUGCAGAGAUUGUCAACCUUUUCCACCUCAAGUAUCUAAGCUUGAAGAGUACGAAGGUGAAAAAUAUCCCAACCUCCAUCAAGAAGCUUCAAAAUUUGGAGACAUUAGAUCUCAAACAUUCCUAUGUCACUGAAUUACCACCUGAAAUCUUGGAGCUGCAUCAACUACGCCACCUCCUGGUGUAUCGCUAUAAGAUUGAAUCCUAUGACAAUUUCAACUCAAGGCGUGGUUUCAAGUUGCCAGGCUUGAUUGGAUGUAUGCAAUCUCUGCAGAAGCUUUGUUUCAUAGAAGCAGACCAAGGAAGUCAAGACUUGAUGGUUGAACUAGGAAAGCUAACCCAACUCAGGAGGCUGGGUAUGAGAAAGCUGAAGAAAGAAGAUGGGGCUGCUUUGUGCUCGUCCAUUCAGAAGAUGACCAAUCUCAGGUCUCUGUCCAUAACCGCAAGAAAAGAUUAUGAGAUCAUUGAUAUUCAGAACAUAGCCAAGCCUCCUACAUACCUUCGGCGAUUGUACUUAAGAGGACGUUUAGAGAAGUUACCUAAAUGGAUUACCUCUCUCCAAAAUUUGGUCAGAUUGUAUCUAAAAUGGAGCAGUUUAAAGGAGGAUCCUCUAAUAUAUCUUCAAGAUUUGCCCAAUCUAAUACAACUUGAGUUUCUGCAGGUUUAUGUUGGCGAGAAAUUGCAUUUCAAACCAAUGGAUUUCCAAAACAGUAAAGCCAAGGGAUUAGCUGGUUUUUCAUGUGAUUCAGAAGCAGAGCCCCAUGCG